AUUUUAGCUCGACGAUACACUUAAUCUUAUGUCGAAAGAUGCCUGCAUGCCCCGCAAUGUUCGCAAGUGAACGCGUCCAUCCCAUAGUCACAAGUGUCCCCUCCCCAGACAUUCUACCGGUGGACUCGCCGACAGCUAUCGCGUGGCGCACAGUGCGAACUCUACGCAAGGUUCUUCGCAAUUCUCUGCUGAGUGUGACGAUUUCCUGGUUAUUUGCGUUUUGCUGCAGUAUUGGUGACGUUUUUUCGGGACUCACACCGUGUGAACAAUCGUUCGAGGAGUUCCUCGUAGCUAAAAUGCUGUGGUUUCACUGUUUCUUUUGUAUCGCCACGGUGUCGAUCUACGUCUCCUUGUUGCGUACUGAGCAGCUCACGGACAAAUUCAAGGAUCGAUUACCACUUAUUCACUGGGUGAGGAGGUUGGCUCGGUUAACAUCUCCAUACUGCGUCGUAGUGGCACUCGCAGUCGUUGGCGGGUGCAUAGGACUAUCCAGAAUACCAGGGCAAAACUACAGGUCCAAGACUAGCGUGUACUUUACACAUAUUUGUUUCUACGCGUUCGUUGGGUAUACAGAAGUUCAAGCUCGACAUCUCUUCCGAACGGAGACUGUGCGUGGUCAAGCUCGGACUCUGCAGCAGCUAAUGCGACGGGAGCAACGGAAGCUCUCAAAUCCAAGUAUUAAUCCUGCACUCGCUCGAAAACGACGUUUUCUCCGAGUAAUUGUCCAGGACCUACCGCUGAUAGCAUCUGCUCUCUUCGCUACAGCGUAUGUACACGUUGUGAGCUCCAUCAAGAUCACAACCCAGUUGUAUUUAACACUAUUUGCCAUGAGUAGUAUCAUCGUCAAGUUGGGACUACAAGAGCUCGCGAAAAGUUUUCUAUCCAAGAAGACACGAACGCCGAACAUGCGGACUAUGGCUAUCAUCGUGGCGGCCCCUACGAUUUUAGUGGACACGCAACUUCGUACCGUUCUACUAUGCCAGGAUAAUGCGUCUAUGACUGUGGUUGGCUCUCUGCUCCUAGCAGCAGCUGAAAUUGUUAUUCGUCUUGGCAAAACAGCCUACGUAAGGUGGGCUGAGCAUCGAAUUCUUACUCGAAGGUCGUUAUCUUCAGCUCCGAUUGUAGCUGAGGCAACGUGGGCAACGAAGAUCUCAAAACUGGACGGACCGCGACACAGAACAACAUCCUCGUUGCGUAUCGUUGACCCUAUUCAAGAUCGCGUUCAUCGAUUAUUAUCGCUGCAUGCCGCUGAGAUUUACUCGGACAUGCACGCAGAGUACAUUGCCAUGGGGUGUUCAUAUGGGAUUUUGUUUUUCUUUGGAGCGCAUCCAAAGUACCAGCUUGCAGACUAUGAAAACAACGUUAGUGGUCGCAUCACAGCUGUUCACUGGACCAAUGCGAGCAUCACUGGGCUUCAACUCGGCAUCGAGAUUAUUGUUGACUUUGUGGCUUGUGCGCUCGAAAUUCGUCGAGGCAUUGACUUCGAGCAACUCAACCGGGAUGAUUCUUUUCUUGCCGUAUUUGUGAUCGCAGUCUCGCUCGUCAAUGUGCAUAUCUCGUCAGGCAUGUAUCUAAGCUCGUGA